CAUGGAGGAGUGAGAGGGGGCAGAGGGACUAGCAUGGGCUAGGAACUUUCAUGGGAAUUUAGGAUCAGUCUGAGAUUCAUUAGACAUUUUAAUUAUUUACAAAGGAUUAAGUUUAUGGAGUUAAUGAUUUGUGAAUUUGCAGGAGGUCAGAUCAGUGUGUUUUGAUGAAAUAGGCCGUUCGUCCAGGUUGGUUAAUGAGAAAUACGACAUGUACUGAACGUUCAGGAUCCCAACAAGACAGCAGAAAGGCGUCCACCAUCCUGGAUUAUAACAUGUUGCUCAAGAAGGUCCGAUUUCAGGAUUCUCAUGUCCCUGAGCGAGUAAGUGAAAACACGCUGGCCAUGGAUAGUUUGAACCAAAAUCUUACCAGUAGACAUCAGUUGCAUCAAGUGCUCCAGAGCACUCCACUGGAUUUGAUUGAGACUGGGAAAGCCCUGAAGGUCCAAGCAGAGCGCCCGCAUUUGGUCAGUCUAGGAAGUGGCCGUCUCAGUACAGCCAUCACCUUCUUACCCCUGCCUCAAGGAAAGACCACUCUGGGUCACGGAGCCAUGGACAUCAACAUCCAGGGCCCAGGGAUUGUUGCUCAGCACUGCUUCAUAGAAAACAAGGCAGGACUCAUCACGCUGCACCCCUGUGGAAACCAGUGUAGCAUGGACGGGCUACCGGUCACCAAACCUGUGCGCCUGUCUCAAGGCUGUAUGCUGUGUUUCGGCCAAUCUGCCUUUUUCCGUUUCAACCAUCCAGAGGAGGCUUUCCGAAUGAAACGCAUGAUGCCUGAGGGAGGACAAACAGCCAGUGUGAAAAACUGGGCCUACACAGAUUCUGAGAACCUGGUCAAUGGGAACCACUCAUCAAGAGCACCAAAAUCUAACUUGGUCUCCAACGAGAGCGUGCGCCCUGAUCAAAGUGCCAUCGUCAGUUCCAUUGAGAAGGACCUUCAGGACAUUAUGGACUCAUUAGUCAUGGAUGACCCUCAGCCCUCUUCCUCUGAGUCAAAGAAGCCCUCUGGUCAGCCCAUAUCUCAGUCUCCCUUGUCCCCCAUGUUAAAUGGUGGGGGGCGCUUCCUUCUCUCACUCCCAACAAGCCCUGGUGCUAUGUCCGUGGGCUCCAGUUAUGAGAAUACCUCUCCUCCUUUCUCUCCUCUCUCAUCCCCAUCUGCUGCCAGCAGUGGCAGCUAUGCCAGUCCAUCUCCAAGUGGUUGUCAGAACCAGCUUCACAUGCUUCCUCCUGUGCCAGUGAGGUCUUCUAGUUACAAUUACACUAGCCAGCCACCAAUACCUCAGCCACGGACCAUACUGCCAAGCUAUUCCUGUGGCAACAGUGGGCCAAAGGUGCCUGAGAGUCCCAGACUCCAGCGAAAGGCUCUUUUAGAAGCACCGCCGAGCCCAAAGCCAAGUCGUAGGGGGUUGAACCAAGACAGCUCGAUGGCUAAAACCCCAGACAGCCCCAUACAGACUCACAUUCUGCCCUCAGUCUCAAUCUUUACUGCUCCGACUGAUCACCCAUCUGUCAGUCGGGUUCCAGUUCCAGGUAGUCCCAGACUGACCCCCAAAUUCUCCACCGCAUCCCCAUCCUCUUCGCCCUCUAGUCCUAGAACCAAAACUGCCAUUGUUCUCCAGGAUCGGCCCUCAAGUCCUUUCAGGGAACAGCCUCAGUCAGAUCGCUCCUUGACCUCUAGCCCAUCUAACCAACUCUCCCCACCCUCGCGAUCUUUCCAGCCCCCCUUGGACCCCAUUGUCCACAUCAUUCAGGGUGGACCUCCACACCCACAUCCUCGCACAUUGCAGCCUCCAGAAAGUCCGCGGCUGGCCCGCAGGAACCUUGAAGGGAGUAGCAUGAGGGAGCUUCCUCCUCUUAGCCCCUCUAUAGCUCGCAGGGGGGUUCCUGUGCUCCCCGGAGCUCUACCGGGAACCCUGCGGACUCCAGAGAGUCCAUCCCCAAGAAUGGUGCCAGAGAGUCCCAGACUCAGGAGGAAAGCAGGGUCUCCUACAGAGGAGCCAUUUAGCCCUCGUGGGGUGCGUGCUCGUAGUCCUUCACCCACCUCUGGACUGAUGGGGGAAGGCAGUGGACAGAAAGGCAGUUUUGGGAACUCGCUGUCUUCUGCAUUCAGCCUGGGUUCACUGCCUGGUUCAUCACCACGAUCAAGUCCUAGGAGCCACAGAAAGAUGUCAGCAGGCCACAGGGACCUUCGGAUGCCUCACCCUGGCAUGAGGGAGCGCAAAAAUAGCAUCACAGAGAUCAGCGACAAUGAGGAUGACCUUCUGGAGUACCACCGGCGCCAAAGAGAAGAGCGACUCAGAGAGCAAGAAAUGGAGAGGCUGGAACGGCAGCGGCUGGAAACAAUCUUGAACCUCUGUGCCGAGUACAACAAGGGCGACGGGCCCGCGGGAGAUCUGGGCAGGAUGGGCGUCUCUGGGCUAGGCUCAAGGGACGGGCUUAACGUCAGACGUCCUUCCUUGGACAGUAUGAGCAGUGCUUCCCUAAGGGUGGCGCAGAGACAUCGUGAAAGCCAAGAGGAGAACCUGAAGGAGGACAGUAGUAGCACUGAGAGUGCGCAGCAGGACAGACGGACCCCAGCAGCUCUGUUAAAUGGACAAAAUGGACAGGCAGAGGACUCUCUGGGAUCGGGCAGCAUUGGCCGUCUGGAACUGGGAUACCUGGAGGAGGAGCGGGUUCGAGUGCUGGCAAAGGUAGAUGAGCUCAAAGCUCGAAUCACAGAACUGGAGCAGCAACUUCAGGAGUCCAAACAGGAGGCGGAGAUGGAAAGAGCUCUGCUGCAGGGAGAGAGACAGGCCGAGCUGGAGCAAAUUGAGGCAGAGACAGAGAUUAUCAACCAGCUGCAGCACAAACUCAGCGAACUGGAGAGCACCAUCCAGAGAGAGAAAGACAAGGCAUGCCAUUCUGUCGGAUGGCCACUCAAGGCCCAUUCUGGUCUCGAUUGCCAUCCCCAGGAGAGGGCUAAUGUUGACGCAGAGCGGGAAGCCCUGGAGAGGCUUCAGGAUGGGUACAAUGAGUUGACGAGCCAGCUCCAUAACUGCCCUGAGUCUCUGAGGGAGCAGUUACAGGAACAACUCAAGAGGGAAGCUGAGACUCUUGAAGCUGCGACUAAGCAGUUUGAGGACCUGGAGUUCCAGCAGUUAGAGAAGGAGAGCAGUCUGGAAGAGGAGCGCGAGACCAUCAGCCAGCAGUUGCUGCAGGACAGAGCUCAGUACCACAGCAGCGUCGCCAAAAGAAAAGAAAAGGUCACAGCAUUGGAAAGCCAAGCCAAUCAGCUGGGAAUACAGGCUGCUCAGGAGUGUGAGAGGCUAGCCAAAGACAGAAGUGUGGCAUUGCAGCUGCUACAGAAGGAAAAGGAAAGGCUGGCCAAUCUGGAGAGAAGAUACCAGAGCUUAACUGGUGGAAAGACAUUCCCCAAAAGCUCCAACACUAUAAAGGAGGAGUACUUGAAGCUGUCGGAUGUUUAUAAGAUGUAUGGGAGUGAUUUCCAUGACAUCCAGCUCGCCAACGCUUCCUCACACGGCCUCUCGCUUGCCCUUGACCCAGCUGUAACUGCCCCUCGUGAGGAGUAUGUGACCGUCGGCCAAUUAAACCAGAUCUAUGGGAUGCCGCAGGUGGAUCCUUCCCCUACCUCACCCAUCCAAUUACUUCAGUCUUCUCUCGCAGACUCCGCCUUCUCCUGCCUCCCCUCCCCUCAUGGCUCCUCCCUCUCUCUCUCCUUCGAGGUAUACCGCUCUCGACUGGACAGUGAUGCCAGCCAAUCAUCAAUUUCGAGACCGAAAAUCAGUUACGGUCUGUCCCCCACAUACACUACAGUAACACUGGGACGCAACACUCCUGCCAGGAGUCCUCUGACGGUAGCCAACAGCACCGGGAGUCUCCCACGCAACCUUGCAGCCACCCUGCAGGACAUUGAGACCAAGAGGCAGCUGGCUCUCCAGCAGAAAGAAUUCUUGCCCUCCGUCUUUGAGUCGUCCUCCAGUACGGACAGUCCCACAGGCCAGCAAGUGAUUGAUGAGCAGCGGAGGCGUCUGGCCGAGCUGAAGCAGAAAGCUGCAGUAGAGGCGCAGUGCCAGUGGGAGGCGCUCCAUGGCUCUCAAAUGCAGCUCAACAGUCCCUUUUCCUCAACCUCCGGGCCAGUAGUGCACCACUCCAUCCUGCACCACGCAGCACCCUCUUCUGGGGAACAGCCUUAUGACACCCUCAGCCUGGAGAGCUCGGACAGCAUGGACACCAGCAUCUCCACUGGAAACAACUCGGCCUGCUCUCCUGACAACAUGUCCAGUGCCAGUGGUAUGGAUGCGCUGAAGAUUGAGGAGAUGGAGAAGAUGUUGAAAGAGGCACAGCUAGAGAAAGCUCGACUCAUAGAGUCCAGAGAACGAGAGACUCAGGCCCGUAAACUCAUGCUAGAGGAGGAGAGAAGAAGAAGAGAGGACGCGGAGAAGAGACUUCAAGAGGAGACGAUGCACAGACAGCAUUUGAUAGAGAAGGAGGUGAAGAUGAGGGCCAAAAACUUCUCUCAGGCCCGCCCGAUGACCCGAUACUUGCCCAUUCGCAAAGAGGAGUUUGACCUCCGUUCCCACAUCGAGUCCUCAGGUCACAGUGUGGACACGUGCUACCACGUGAUUCUCACCGAAAAGAUGUGCAAGGGCUAUCUUGUCAAGAUGGGAGGGAAGAUCAAAUCCUGGAGGAAGCGCUGGUUCGUCUUUGAUCGCCUUAAAAGGACGUUUUCCUACUACGCCGAUAAACAUGAGAGCAAAUUGAAGGGCGUCAUCUACUUCCAGGCUAUCGAGGAGGUUUACUAUGAUCACCUGCGCAGUGCCACAAAGAAAGGAUUUUUCAAUCUGAAUUUGACAAACAGCCCCAACCCCUCCCUGACCUUCUGCGUGAAGACGCACGACAGACUGUAUUACAUGGUGGCCCCGUCCGCAGAGGCCAUGAGGAUAUGGAUGGAUGUGAUAGUGACAGGAGCCGAGGGCUACACGCAGUUCAUGAAUUGACACAAAACCCACCGCUACUCGCUGACCCAAGUGUCAAAACGGAAACCGUUCGGCAGGGAGACUUCACAUGACCCAGACCUGUUAUUCCCAUUGAGAGGAAAAACAUUAUUUUGUUGCUUCCUUUUAUUGUCUUCUUCUUCUCGUGUUUCCUGGAGAUGUUAUAUAUUCACUCAAAUAACACAGACAGAUAUCCACCAGAGGCUUUCCAUGUCUGCCUGGAUUGAAAGACGGAGAAGACAAAAAGACCCGAUGAACCAAACCUGCAGGUGGUGGCUCACUCACCAUAGACGAAAAUGCCUUUUUGCCGUCAGAGAUAUUUUUCAGUUGCAGUUUACACUUAACUUUCAUUUCAGUUCGUCCCAUGAUUUGUCUUUUCAAACAUGAUGGGGAAAAUGCCAAAUGCCAUCAAGCCAUUCUGGAAUAGUGUUGCAUUAAAUAUUUGAUGGGAUCUGAUGAGAGAAUAUAAAUGAAAUGCAGUACAUUUAAAUAAUGUUUUAAAUUAAGUAGAGUAUUACAUUCACAUUUAAAAAUCUGGUAUCACAAAAACAAAGACUAGAUUCACCAAAGCUCACCUACCAGCUCAGGAGUCUAUAUUUAUUGUAGAGGGAUAUCAGCGACUCCUGUCCAAGUGUAUCCCACUGUGUCUCUGUGUUCCCAGCUCAUUCUUUUAGAUACAGAACUACAAACUCAUGCACACACACACACAUACCACAUACAACAGUAGAGUAUAUUUGCCAAGUCCUGACAACUUGAUCUUGUGAUUUGUCUCCCAAGGGAGGCAGCCAUCACCUAUCACUGCCAGCCUACGAGAGUUUGGAAUAAUUGCCACAAACAAGAGAAAAAGAAACAACAUCAGAAUCAUGCAGUGCCUUGAUAUUGACCCAUAUUUGUCACUCUUCAUAUCUGAACUGUUACACUAGUGAAAAACAGCUGGAAUCACAGUUGUAUGGUGCGGUCACAUUAGCAAAAAUUUGAGGGUCGUAAAGGUCAUUCAUGAGUUGUGUUGAGAUGUAUGAAGUACAGCUCACACAGAAGUCAAAACAAGCAACUCAGUAAAUGCGCAUGAUCAGCUUGAAGUGGUUUUGAAAUUUGCUUUGAAAUCAUGCAAAAUGCCAGAUUGCAUGGAUGCCUUUUAAAAUUCGCCUGGGAAAAUUCACUGAACAACAGUCAAUUAGCGUGAAAAUACAUAGGCAAAAAAUGUCAAUUGUUUACUAUCAGUGGUGUA